AUGGCGUUGAAAGUUAGCAAAAGACUCUUACGAGUGGUUUUAUUGGUUGUUUCGGCAUUGGUCAUCAUUGGUCUAGUACUUCAUAGCACCAAUAAUGAAACGGCAAGCUACUAUGUGACCAAGACGAAAGAAGCAGUUAGCAGUACAAAUAGUUUUUGGAACACAGAGGCAGCGAAAAAGGAGGGAAGACAGAGAGAAGAGGCCGAAAAAGAGAGCGCCGAGGGCAAACAUCCUGAAGAUGUGGAAAUGGAUGAAAAUGCCAAGACCUUGUUGAAAGAUGCCACUGCGGAACACCCAGAGGUUUUGGGCGAAGGAGUGGAAAAGGAAGCAACUGAGAAAGCCGGUGACUCAGACAGCGAAACCGCUGGCACUGCAGUGAAAGCGGCUUUCGUAUCGUUGGUAAGAAAUAGUGAUUUGCAGGAAAUUUUGGAAACGGUGCGGAAUUUGGAAGAUCGCUACAACUCCAAAUUCAACUAUCCAUAUGUGUUUUUGAACAAUGAGCCCUUUGACCCAGAAUUCAAGGCUGCCAUCAAGAACGUUGUGUCGUCCUCGGUCGAGUUUGGUCUGAUUCCCGAGGCGCACUGGUCAUACCCGGAAUGGAUCGAUAAGGAUCGUGCUGCCAAAGUAAGACAAACAGCAGACUAUAUUUAUGGAGACAGUGAAAGCUACAGACACAUGUGUCGUUACGAAUCGGGGUUCUUUUGGAGACACGAAUUGAUGGAGAAGUACGACUGGUAUUGGCGUGUGGAGCCCAGCACCAAGCUGCACUGCAAUGUCGACUACGAUGUGUUCAAGUGGAUGCAGGACAAUAACAAAAUGUACGGUUUCACUGUGUCUAUCAAGGAAUUUGAAUCGACCAUUCCGACCCUAUGGUCCACCACCAAAGAAUUUAUCACCGAGAACCCUAACUACGUUGCCAAAGAUAACAUGAUGGGAUUUAUUUCCAACGACAAGGGCAAAACCUACAACUUGUGCCAUUUUUGGUCCAAUUUCGAAGUAGCGAGCUUGAAAUUCUGGAGAUCUCAAGCCUACCAAGACUAUUUUGAUCAUCUGGACAAAGCAGGCGGGUUUUUCUAUGAACGUUGGGGUGAUGCUCCGGUACACUCUAUUGCAGCGUCUUUGUUUUUGUCGAGCGACCAGGUUCACUACUUCCCUGAUAUUGGCUAUUUCCACAAUCCUUACAACAACUGUCCCUUGGAUCAGAGCAUCUGGCAAAAGGGAAAAUGCUCGUGUGAGCCAAUGUGGGAUUUCAGUUUCCAGCCUUACUCUUGUACGAAUGAAUAUUACGAUUUCAAGAAACUUGAGAAGCCAGAAGGGUGGAAAAAGUUCAGAGAGUGA